ACCACCCAACCAUAUAAGCCGGCCGCGCCCUUUCAUCCCUGCAGGCAGGACCGUUGUCAUUCUUCCGCACGCUAGCUCUCAGGUUCUAGCAACGCCGUCGACCGGUUCGACCUUCCACCUUCCCCUUCAUCCCCAGCAAAACACUGCCAACUUGAAGUGCUCGCCACCCGCGCUCUCCUGCCCAACUCAGUGACCGCCCCGCUCCCCGGCUCGCGAGACGAGACCCUACAUUCUAGUCUUCAUCCCUACUAGCAGAGCAGACAGACGACAUGCCGGACUCCAUCGUUCUUGACCUUCCGAUUGGCCGGCCUCCCCCGGAGCAGGUCCCCUACCAGCUCUCCAACUACAUCUCCGCCGAUGCCUGGCAAGCCCGCAUCCGCGCCGUCACUCGCAAGGGUUCGCGCUACAUCAACCCGCGCUUCGACAUCGCCUGGAGCGUCCUCACCUUCAUCGCUACGUUCGCUGUACCCAUCGCCAUGUUCUACGUCAUGUUGGGCAUUCUCCCGCUCAAGGGGGACAUAGAUACGAGGUUCGACCUUGUCCGCGCCGAGGCGAACCGCGCCUGGGAGGCCCGUGGUGUCAGCUUCGCCGUCCUCUUCGGGAUCAUACUCUUCAUGUGGCUCCCGAUGUGGCUCUUCAAGGUUUCCGGCAAGAAACAAGUGAACAGGAUGCUCGAACGGUUCGAGCAAGAGGACCGCGCCGUCCGCCCGAACGUCGAGCUCCCCACGUACCGAAUUUCGCGCCCGCAGUUCAUGGGCACUUCGAUCCACCUCAACAUCACAGUACCCGGAGCCGCACCGCCUAGCUACUUCGCCUUCGGGGCGCCGCUCCCAACGUACUUGGUCAACGCGCCACGGGAUCCCUCCGCGGCCGCGUACAGCUACGGCCAGCCGCCGGCCAACCUGCCCGGCACCGGCGUGCCGCUGUACAACCAAUUCGACGAGAAGAUUCCCGUGUACUCGGGGCCCGCGCCGGGGCUCUACAUACCUGAGGAUGAGAAGAGCGAGCGCGAGAACCGCGUAUGAGCCUUUCUCCGCCCGUCUACGAAAAUCCGGACUGUUCCCUGUUCCCUGUUCCUGUUUGACGUUGACGUCCCUCUCCCGUUAUUGAGGACCGUUACCGUACGCGGACGAUGUAGUCCGGCACCCCGUGUCAAGUCCGUCUGUUUGUCUGUAGUGUCUCGCCCUCCCUUCACUCGCUUCAUCCCCCUCGCGCUUGCUACACCGUUCAUAGUUCGCGCUCCUGUGAGCGGACCGGUGGCCUGUGGUCACGGUCGCAAGUGGGUCAGGAUAGAGCCCCGCCGUACUUCUCGUUGUGUAGCAUCCUUUACCGUGCAUGUGUCUGUACCACCACAUUUGUGAAAUUACAUCUUCUUGCGUUUGGCCGGCGCAUGUGUGGG